AUGGGCGCCUGCAUCUCGCGCUCCCCGGCGUCGGGCUCAUCGGGCCAGAGACCGGCCACGGCAAAGGUGGUCGGCCUGGACGGCUCCAUGGCGCAGUACACGGCGCCUGUCACGGCGCGCGAAGCUCUGGGGAACGACGAGCGCAACAGAAACGAGUCGGUAUUCCUGUGCAGCUCCGACGAGCUCCGCUUCGACGCGCCCCCGCGUGCUCUGGCGGACGAGGAGGAGCUGCAACCAGGAUGGCUCUACUUCGUGCUCCCCGUAUCCAUGCUCCGCCUGGCGCUCUCCGGCCACGAGAUGGCGGCCCUCGCCCUCAGGGCCAGCUCGGCGCUCGCCAUCGUCAGCGGCGUCGCGUCCCCUCCGCGCCGCAAGAACGUGGCAGGAACCAAGGGCAGGCAACGAAAAAUGGCUCGAGUGGCGCCACUCGUCUCCCCCGGCGAGCACGCCGAACUAGCAGACCGUGAAUGGAGUGAGCACGCGUACGGAAAAUAUGGUGGCGCUCGGAAGACAGUGCGCGGCGGCAGUGCUGAGACAGCGGGGAAGACGAGGGAGAGAUCGGGCUACAGAAGUCGUGGCGCUCGCCAUCGUCGUCGUGCGGCAGGUGACGUGCAGAGGUUGGCGCCAUUCUAG